AUGUCUAGUAUUCAACAACUCUUAGACAAUUUAAUCAACUCAUUUGAUCACUUGAAUCUUAUACCAAUUUGUUUAUCUUCCCUUCUCUUAAUCUUCAUCCAAUACAAAUGGCACUUAAAAAAUCCUUCCAGAAACAAAAACUUACCACCAUCCCCACCAAAACUUCCAAUCCUAGGACACCUCCUUAAGCUAGGUACUCAUCCUCCCCACUCGCUAAGAUCAUUAUCUCAAAAAUAUGGUGACUUAAUGAUGAUCUACUUAGGCAAAAACCCUGCACUUGUCAUUUCAUCUUCUAAAAUGGCAAAAGAGAUCAUGAAAACAAAUGAUGCUGUAGUUUCCAAUAGGAUUCAAUCAACCAUAACUAAUAAGCUUCUUUACAAUUGUAGGAAUGUUGCAACAUCACCUUAUGGUGAGUAUUGGAGACAAAUGAAGACUAUUUAUGUCCUUCAACUUUUAUGUAAUAAAAGAGUCCUUUCUUUUAAGGGUAUAAGAGAGGAAGAAACACUACUUUUGAUGGAAAAGGUUUUGAAGGAGUUAGAAGAGUUGCCUGGGGUUUUUGAUGUUGGGGAUUUUAUACCUUGGUUGGGGAAUUAUGUCAAAGGUCUUAGCAAAGAAGCUCUAAUUAGUGUCUGGAAUGCGGAAACAGAUAAAUCAUACAGUGUAUUAGAAUGGACAAUGGCAAAGCUUUUGAAACAUCCAAAUGUAAUGAAAGAAGUACAAAGAGAGAUAAGAGGAUUCGACAAAGACAAAGAUCAUAUAACCGAAAAUGAUUUGGAAGAAAUGAAGACUCGUGUUAUGAUCAAUGCAUGGGCAAUUACAAUUCAUAGAGAUCCCGAAAUAUGGGAAGAACCUAAGGAAUUUCGGCCUGAAAGGUUCAUGAAUUCUUCAAUAGAUUUCAAAGGGCAUGGAUUCGAGUUAGUUCCCUUUGGAGGUGGAAGAAGAAUUUGCCCUGGAAUAUCCUUUGCAUCAAUUAUAAUUGAGCUUGUUUUAGCAAACCUUAUGUACAAGUUUAAUUGGACGUUGUCUGAUGGAGUUCAAUGUGAUACGUUGGAUAUGUCUGAAACCGUUGGUUUAACGAUACUAGCAGCAUCAGGUUAUUGUUUCAAGUGUGGAUCGAUUUGUAGAGAUGGUAUAGAAUGA